GAGCACUAAACGACUGCACUGAACGACAGGGGGCAGUAAUGAACCCAACGGUGUUUGGGUUUCCGUCAAGUCCAACGAGUCAGACAAAACGAACCCGGAUGUGCCGCGAAAUUUGAAAGAAGAGCUUGUAAAACAGGAGGGACGUUGAGAAUGAAUCCUUCAGAGCGUUUCUUUGCGAAGCUGCGGAAACUGACUGUUUAUCUGGAGACUGAAAGCAACAAUCUCCUUCAUGCAAGUCAGAACCCUCAAGACGACGAUGAGGAUGAAGAGAAUGGGGCUCAAGCUCUGUACCAGCUGCACUCUGAAGUCCGAGCAUUGAAGCGAGAAGUUCAAAAUCAGGUGGCUACACAUGAUGGAGCAAGUACUGAACUGAGGAACUUUGUAAGACGAUGCUUGGUGCUGAAGCAGAGAACCACAGAAGACAUUGACAGGCUGAAGAAACACUAUGAGACGUAUGGCUACAGACCACGAACAGCAAGACAGGGAAAUGCAGAGAUGAAUGGUACAAAAAAUGCAGAAAAAUUGGAUGCAGCAGAUGAAAAUGAAGCAAUGGGACAAGGGAUUUGUGAAGAGGCUCAGCAGCCUGAGACACCAGAGAAGAUGCAACCACCUGUUGACCAGCUGCGGACCCCAAAGCUCUCCGAUUUUGGCCUGUCUGCACUCCAGUUCCAAAGAGUGCUUGGUGAAGCAGAGCCACCCCACAGUGCUGCUCCUGUCCCAGCUGUGGCUCUGUCACCACCACCAUUUGUCAUGAACAUGCAUCCACCGCAGCCAAAGACGCCCAAGUGCUCUCUGCGUAUGGAGGAGGAUGCUCCGACCCCACGACUAGAGGACUUUGGCAUCUCUGAGUACACCACCUGCUGGAACAAUGACUUUACCAUGGAUUUGUUCAACAAAAAACCACCCAAGACCAGCAGUGAAAGAACAGGGAACGGUCAGAUACCCUCUCAUGCUUUCCCCACUUUGUCUUUUGGGCCUAACAAAGGUGUUGUCAACGAGAGUCUGGAAUCCCCAGAGCCACCUGUGUUCUGCACCCCAGGAUUUAAGAUUGAGAAACACCGCCUCCCAUCAUCUCCACCAAUGAAAGGAAUGAAUGACCUUGAUUCUCCUCCUCGCCCUAAUAACUGCCCUUCUACACCAGAGCUCCCUGCAUUUGAAACUCCUUUUGUCAGCAAGCUUAUAAAAAAGAAUGACAGACAGGAAGAAAGCGGUAGACACAGGGCUUCAAAGGAGGGCAGCUUUCCCUUAGCAGAUCUCUCCAAUACAAACAGAGCUCCUUCAUUUGAUGCUCCAGAGAUGCCAAAACUGCAUCGUUAUGAGGAUGAGGCCAUACCCGAGAUGCCAUCUCUGCAGUCCCUUCUUGGGAGAUCUAUUGCUUUCAAAACUGCAUCUAGUGAUGCUUCUGGGAUGAAGAUGGGGACAGAUCACUUGUUAGACCUGAAGCAGACCCCCGUCCCAAUGCAUGAAAACCAGGAUUGGUGCCUUACAACUCCAAAGGUCAGAGUGAAGUUCCCUGCAGAGGCAUGCACCCCGGAGAUGCCCGAUAUAAGUUCAGUCACUCAGGAUAUUUUAAAACUUGUGACUCAGUGCAAGUCUUCAGGACUUACUACUGAAUCUUAGCUGAUACCCAUGAAGCCUGGCUUUCAAAAAGUGGAACCAAGAGGAGAACAGCAGAUCGUAGUCAAAGUGAUUUCACUGAAUUAUAUCUGAUUGUAAGAGCAAACACUUUUAAGGACAAUUUAAAACAUUUGAAAAUAAUAAUAAAGAACUUGUAAAAUAA